UGCUGCCGUACAGACAGGAACCAAACGGAUUAAAAUCCUUGCCUCCAUGGAGCUUACCUUCAGCUAAGGGAGACAGUCAAAAACAAGUCAACACAUCUAAAGAAGCCACUGAUGAAACAGGUUCCCUCUUGGAAAGACCAUCUCGCCUUCCAGCCUCUCCAUCCUGCAGAGAGGAAAACCUGAGUUUGGCGUUGGCAGUCAGGUAAUUCAUCAGAUCUGGAAACCACCUCAUCAGCAUUCCCCUGGCCGACUGGAAGCAACCAUGACGUUGUGCUGAAUGCACUUGCAAAGCUGUGCUGUGGUCUCUCCGAGUUCAUCACGGCACCUCCCUAUGCAGGAGUUUCAAUUCCAGGAUUUAGCCAAAUUUGGGUGGUAUUUCCCUUUUGGUGGGGUACUUUUCAUUACAAUGAGAAGGAUGUCUUAGGACUCCAGCACACUGAGAGGGAGGAAGUCUCUACAAGUCAAAGCAGGAAUAUCGGCCUUCUUACACUUGGACAACUCCAAAAUUGUGUGAUUGGUAAACUCACCUGCUUAAAUGCAAAUGGACAAUCAUCAUUUUUGUUGACAGAACACCUGUUAGGUAUAAGGCACGGUGCCAUAUGCUUUCCUUGGGGCUUGCCUUCAGGCAGCUAA